AUGAUGCAAUGGUCGUCAUUUAUGCAAAAGGCUCAGUCACUGAUUGAUCCUGCCAACUUCAACAUCCCAUCCCUCUCCUCAUCCGACGACAAUCCCUCAAAAGCCUCUCUUUUCCGCCAACAGUUCCGCCUCCCCGACUCCCAAAAUCCCCUGCAAGAGAUCACUGCCGAACUCAUCCUUCCGCUCCCAAGUUCAUCGUCCGGAUCUGGAGAAACCUCCCGUCGGGCUGAGAAGGCGGGUAACCGAUACACAGGCCGUCUACAUCUGAGUGAGCGGUUCAUCUGCUUCUCCACACAACCGACGAGUUUCUUGCCUUCGUCCACAUUGAGUGCUUCCACUAGCUGGACUGGUCAGACGCACGGAACAGGCCCUUCUGGAAAUGGCUUCACUAUACCCCUUUCAUGCAUUCGUAGGGUGGAACGACUGCACAGCGAGACGAACAUCUUCACCCUGGCUUUGACAACAUGGAACGGUCUAUUGAAUAGGAAAAAGGACGAGAAUCCUUCGCACCAGCGCCUCAUUCUGCAGCUUGUCGGCAGCAGGCAGGCCAGCGAACGGUUUUGCGAUUGUUUGAAGAAGGGUUUACGGGAGGGCAUGAAGGAGGUUGACGGUCUCCGGGCAGUUGUGACAGAUUGCUACUCAGAAUACUUACUAUCAGGGGCAAAGGAAGCUGCGAAAGAGGGUAACCCCGAUGCACGUCAACCUCCAGAUGCCGGAUUGGGUAUGCUCUUCCGGUAUCCUGGUGAUGCACGCAAGCUUCGAGACCGUAGUAAGAUGAGACUUUGGGCCGAAUAUUUCCGAGAAAAUGGGCGCAAUGUGACUCUUGUUCGUCAACCGACAUUCCACAAACUGAUCCGCGUCGGUUUGCCUAAUCGUUUACGUGGAGAAGUUUGGGAACUUUCGUCUGGUUCUCUCUUUCUGCGGGUUCGCUCGCCCAAACUCUAUCAAGAGACAUUGGACAAGUUCGAAGGCCAAGAUUCCCUCGCAAUUGAUGAAAUCGAGAAGGACUUGAAUCGAAGUUUACCGGAGUAUCCUGCAUAUCAGAGUGAAGAGGGUAUCGGUCGCCUAAGACGAGUCCUCACGGCAUAUAGUUGGACCAACGCAGAGAUUGGCUACUGUCAAGCCAUGAAUAUCGUUGUUGCCGCAUUGUUAAUAUAUAUGUCUGAGCAGCAGGCCUUUUUCCUUCUUUCCGUGCUUUGCGAUCGCCUUCUGCCUGGAUAUUACUCCACCACCAUGUACGGCACACUCCUCGACCAAAAGGUGUUCGAGUCUUUGGUAGAGAAGACGAUGCCUGUCCUCUGGGAACAUCUGGCCAAGUUCGAUGUACAACUCUCCGUUGUAUCUCUGCCGUGGUUCCUUUCUCUUUACAUCAAUUCUAUGCCCCUCGUCUUCGCCUUCCGGGUAUUGGACGUCUUCUUCCUUGAGGGACCCAAAGUUCUUUUCCAAGUGGGUCUCGCUAUCCUGCGAAUCAAUGGUGAGGAACUCCUCGAAGUUCAGGAUGAUGGGGCAUUCAUCUCCGUGCUCAAGUCAUAUUUCUCGCGUUUGGACGAAUCUGCGCACCCAAAGUCGGAGAACCCCAAGCUUCGAGCCAUCACCAGAUUCCAGGAAUUGAUGGUUGUCGCUUUCAAGGAGUUUUCUGGUAUUACACACAGCACGAUCAUAGAGCAGCGCGAUAAGCACAAAGAUGCCGUGUUGGAGAAUAUCGAAAAUUUUGCCAAACGCACUUCGAUUCGCAACCUGGGACCUGAGAGUAAGCGCCUCAGUGUGGAUGAUCUUGGUACCAUCUAUGACCGGUUCUACGAGACCUUGUAUCACUGGCAACAACACCAAAAAGCGUUGGAAGAGGAGCGCAAACGACAAGAAAAGAAGAAAUCGGAACGCUUCUCCAUUCUUGGUCCUCCCGUGGAUAGGGAGGUGGGUCGUGUUGGUCUCGGACCCAGCCCUACUCAUAUGGACUAUGAUGCAUUCCGCGAGUUUUUGGCAGCGACUUCAAAAUGGGCUGUUUCUGACACACCGGUAUCGGCAAAAAAGGAUUUUGCCAAUGGCUACAACAGUUUCAAGGGCAACAAGUCGUUAUUAUGGGCGAAUCGACGCCAGCCAGCCGAUCAUGAAUUCAUGCAACGUCUUUACCGAAAAUGGUCUACCGACCCGGAAGAAGGACUUAGUCUUCAGGACGCUGUGACCGGUCUGGCACGCCUCAAGGGAUCGCCCGACAUUAUGAACAAUAUUAACUACUUUUUCAAUCUUUAUGAUGAUAGCGGCAACGGUCAAGUCGAUCGCGAAGGGAUUCUUAAAAUCUCUGAAGCUUUACUGUUUUUGUCGCGCCGUGGUUUCGAGGGUACAAUCACUGCUACAGAAUCUCAAGAAGAUCUGAGUCACCGUGACCAUGCCGAAAGGAACAGCCUCACCACAGAUGAGAAAUUCCUCGGAAGUGUGAGCGCAUUUAUCCGUCGCUGCUUUGAAUACGCCGACCCUAGUCACCCUGAGAAUCAGAAGGCUGCCCAAGACGAUGCUACGGAAGUCAUAGAGGGGCUGGAUUCCUUUAGCAUCGGCGACGACGAGGAAGAGGAUUUGAUCGACAUAGAUGGAGACUCCAACACCAAAAAGACCACAAAGACUCAGACAAAAAGCAGUGAACAGAGUCGGCCGCGAUCUGAAUCUGCAAAUCCCGCUUUGGACCCAAACAACCCUCUUCACAUCACCCUCCCAACCUUCCGCAUGGUCAUUCUCGCCGAUGAACUUCUCGAACAAUUCUUUGAAUCCUACUUCCCCCAGUCCUUCCACCUUUCCGACCACCCUCACCCUGCUGCUCUUGCCGCAUCAUCAUCCCUUUCGUCUAACCUAACAACAUUCUCCAACAUCGGCAGUACCCGUCCCUCUCAGCUCACUGCCACCUCAGGUGCUUCCGUGGCCGGGGCAUCGGGAGGAAUCGUACCCCCAGGCAAAGGUCUUCGUGGUGUCCUCGACAACAUUGUCACAGACGGCAUUCGUAUGGCGGCCGAAGUCAAGAAGAGAAUGGACGAUGCACAGCGUGAUCUCGAGCGCAGUGCUCUCGGCCGUGACGAGGAAGAUGACGACGACGAUGAUGACGACUACACACACCGUGGAGGUCCGUCCGCUGCCGUUAUGGCUGGUGGUAUCUCCAGCUGGGGUGCCGGUGCAUACGGCGCUGAUCCGGAGCGUCGUGGCGUCCGCGACGCAGAUCGUGAUCUCCUGGAAGGAGCGGAGGUUGAAGCAUCCUCCCUUCUUGAUGGGAAAGUGGAUAUCGAAGCGGGAAGCAAGACUAGCCAUACUGGUGCGCCCACAGCGACCCUGGACCAUGAUCCUGAGGUCGUUAGCAAGAUUGUUGAGUUUGAAUCAUGA